AUGACCACCGUGCGCUUUAACGCAGCUUACCAAUAACACAACACUACUGGUACUAUUUAAGGGGGCUGAAUGAACGACCUCGCUGACUCCGACAACCCCCCCUCUCUUUGAUUAAUUUACCCGGAGGGUGAUCUUGGUGCCACUUGGCACCUACACGCCAGUUCGUUCGGAGCACAGAUGCUGUCGUGCACAGCACAUCCAGGCUACAAACAAAAUUUCUGAUAUUUUAAAGGCAGAUUUUAUUUAGAGGCGGUGCUUACUGGCUUCAGGGUAGCGUCGUAACGACACUUUUUUUCUACCCCAGUCAAAAGUGUUUGACCAGGAGCAGAGUUGGAACCGGGGGUGGACUGGACUUGGGGGGUGAUAACUGCUUUUUGCAGGGUUUUUCCUCUUUUAUUUUUUUCUUUUAUUUUGUAUUUUUUUUUCUAUUUCGUCCUCUAGAUUUUUCUUCCCGUCUUAUUUCAUAUCGGGAUUCCCUUUUGGAUCAUGAACAAACUAUACAUCGGGAAUCUGAGCCCUUCGGUCACCGUUGAGGACUUGAAGCAGCUCUUUGGUGAAAGAAAGCUUCCCUUAGCCGACCAGGUUCUGCUAAAAUCCGGCUAUGCCUUCGUUGAUUUCCCCGACCAAAACUGGGCCAUUAAAGCCAUCGAGACUUUGUCAGGAAAAGUUGAAUUACACGGCAAGGUGAUUGAGGUAGACUACUCUGUUCCGAAAAAACAAAGGAGCCGGAAGAUCCAGAUCCGGAACAUUCCCCCUCACCUGCAGUGGGAGGUCUUGGACAGCCUGUUAGCGCAGUACGGAUCAGUGGAGAACGUGGAACAAGUUAACACUGACACGGAGACCGCCGUUGUGAACGUCACCUACUCCACCAGGGACGAGGCCAAGGCGGCUAUCGAGAAGCUGACGGGCCACCAGUUUGAGGACUACUCCUUCCGGGUGUCGUAUAUCCUGGACGCGGAUGCGGUGCCCCCCCCGCCAGCGGCGGCCCCCCGAGGCUCGCGCACACGCAGUGGCGGCCGCUCGUCGCGGGACCAGAAUGCCCAGCAGCCGAGCCCGUCGGGCGGAUCCGGGGGGGCCCGGCUCAAGCAGCAUGACUUUCCACUGCGCAUUCUGGUGCCCACGCAGUACGUUGGCGCCAUCAUUGGCAAGGAGGGCCUCACCAUUAAGAACGUCACCAAGCAGACGCAGUCCAAGGUGGACAUCCACCGGAAGGAGAAUGCUGGGGCUGCAGAGAAGCCCAUUACCAUACACUCGACCCCAGAAGGCUGUUCCUCCGCCUGCCAAAUGAUCCUGGACAUCAUGCAGAAAGAAGCCAAUGAAACCAAGGCAGCUGAAGAGAUCCCUCUGAAGAUCCUGGCCCACAACAGCCUGGUGGGGAGGCUGAUUGGCAAAGAGGGCCGGCAUCUGAAGAAGAUCGAGCAGGAGACAGGGACCAAAAUCACCAUCUCCUCUUUACAGGAUCUGACCAUCUACAACCCAGAGCGGACCAUUACGGUGAAGGGUGACAUAGAGGCGUGCUGCAAGGCCGAGGCGGACAUCAUGAAGAAGCUGAGGGAGGCCUAUGACAACGACAUUGCUGCUGUAAACCAACAAGCCAGCCUGAUCCCCGGGCUCAACCUGAACGCCUUGGGCAUCUUCUCCUCAGGCCUGUCGGUGCUCCCGUCGGCGGCCAGCCCUCGUGGAGCGGCGCCGCUGCCCCCUACUGGCUACAGCCCCUUUUUAAGUCACUCGUCACACCUGGGUGGUCUAUAUGGGGUCCCUCCUGGCAGCACCAUAUCCCACCAGCACUUAGCUCCUGAACAGGAGGUGGUCUACCUCUUUAUUCCAACUCAGGCCGUCGGCGCACUCAUCGGCAAGAAAGGCCAGCACAUCAAGCAGCUGGCGCGCUUUGCCGGUGCCUCCAUCAAGAUUGCGCCAGCAGAGAGUCCUGAUGUCACGGAGCGAAUGGUCAUCAUAACUGGGCCGCCUGAAGCUCAGUUCAAGGCUCAAGGUAGGAUAUUCGGGAAACUGAAGGAGGAAAACUUCUUCACGGCGAAAGAAGAGGUCAAACUGGAGACUCAUAUUAAGGUUCCCUCAUCCGCUGCAGGACGGGUCAUCGGCAAGGGUGGCAAAACGGUCAACGAGCUACAGAAUCUCACGAGCGCCGAGGUCAUAGUGCCACGGGACCAAACUCCUGAUGAGAACGAUGAGGUCUUCGUGAAAAUUAUUGGGCACUUCUUUGCCAGCCAGACUGCACAGCGAAAGAUCAGGGAGAUUAUACAGCAGGUGAAACAACAGGAGCAAAAGCACCAGCAGGGAGCGCCCACACCGAACCCCUCCAAGUGACCACCAGGGCGGCGCCAGCGAGCAUCAGCCAACGAAUGUAGCCCUUCCAACCUGAGAGAGACAGAGGAGGCGAGGCAGAUGGGGACGGAUGAGGCAGACCAGCAGCAUGGGGAACCAAACCAAAGAACUUCACUGGGGGAAAUGUAACCCAAAGCAAAUCCAGCACAGAGCGGAGCGGAUACUAGGAUACUAUGACGAACAUGUUAAACUGAAUAUUGCAUUUCUAAAACACAUAGGGAAGAGAGAGGUUUUUAAUUUUUUUUAUGGCAGAGUCAAGGGCACCAUCAGUCUUUCUGGUUAAAUAUGAAAAAAAUAGUUGCCCUGUAGUAACGGCAUCCCUGUAGUUGGACUAACAUACAGUAAACCUAGCGAAGAAGCGGUAUUAAUGAACACGUACAUUGACAUGUAGUGGCCGAGGCUGUCGUUUUGUGGCACGGGCGGAGUUGGGUCGUGGUUAAGGAGCACAUUUCUGCAGUUUCGGCAUUGAGAUCGCAAGUGUCCGUAUCCUUAGCAGUAUUACUAGUGUAUUAGUCACAAUAAAAUGUGAGCUAUGAGGAUAACAGGAGUUACCUUUGAGUAGCUGGAGUUCGGCUGUGUAGACUCGACGUGCAGCUUGUUUGCGUGAACGGGGGCACUCGAUGGGCUGUCCGUCUGUCGGAGGAGGAAGAGGAGGAAGAACGAAAUCGACUAGCAGGUGAAGCGGGACGUCACAGCGGGUCGUCCGGAGUAUGUGACUCAGCCUGCGUGUGCGUGUCCGUGCGCGUGUCUGUGCGCGUGUGCGUGUGCGUGUGUGUGUGUGCACGUGUGUGCCAACACAGGGGACAGCAUCCCUAACAAACACUCAAACCAGUGCAUGGACGCUGUGCCCCAGUCACCCUGCUUGCUCCUUUAGUGUCGCUGUUUUGUUCUCAGACAAGCUUAAUGAUUUCAAAAGCAAUCAGUUCGACUAAUUCCGUGAGAAUUAUUAGAAUUUCAAAAAGAUCUUUUAAAAAAUUAGACGGUACCAGUCACACAUAUAUAUGUAUAUGUAUGUACGUAUAUAUAAUAUGUAAUGUUAUGCUUGUAUGUGUGUAUAUACACACACACACACACAUAUUUAUAUAUAUAUGUAUGUAUAUAUGUACGUAUAUAUCAUUAUAUUUGUUGUCCAGUGAAAGCAGUUUGUUGGAAGUAGAUUCCAGACUGGCUCCCUGAAGGGGACGGAAUGUAAUCGUACCGACCCCCUCACCCCUGAAAGUUAUACAUUUCAAUUUGUUCGCUGAACCUUUGUCUCAAAAGAUAGUCCUGAACUGAUUGUGCCACAUCUUCUACCCUUACUGCCUU